CAUUUCUCCACAAAGCCUCCACAGAGAAACCAAAAGAUAUUCUAAAAAUGGCGAGUGUCACUCAGAAAGUUGUUGCAGACGAAGAAGAAGCAAAACAAACCCCCAUUCAUGGCGACAUCUUGGAGAAGAUACUCUCGCACGUGCCGCUCCUCGACCUCGUGCCGGCUUCGCACGUGUCCAGGGCAUGGAACCACGCGGUCUCGUCUUCCCUCCGCAACUUCAUCAUGCUCAAGCCGUGGCUCGUCGUCCACACGCAGAGCACGCGCUCGCCUUAUUUGACCACCGCGCACGCGUACGACCCUCGCUCGCACGUGUGGAUCGAGUUCCGGCAGCCGCCGAUCAAGUACGUGUCGACGCUCCGGUCAUCGCACUCAAAUCUCCUCUACAUGCUCUCCCCCUCGAAACUGUCGUUCUCGUUCGAUCCGCUCCACCUGACCUGGCACCACGCCGACGCUCCUUUCGUGUGGCGGACGGACCCCAUCGUGGCGGUAGUCGGCCGCCGCGUCAUAGUCGCCGGCGGCAGCUGCGACUUCGAGGACGAUCCGCUCGCCGUCGAGAUCUAUGAUAUCGAGUCACGCGAGUGGGACACGUGCCAGUCGAUGCCGGCGGUUCUCAAAGACUCCGCCGCGUCGACGUGGCUGUCGAUCGCCGCAAACGAUCGGAAUUUGUUCGUAACAGAGAAAUAUUCCGGUAUGACGCACACUUACGAUCCGGAGACGAAGACCUGGUGCGGACCGUACGAUCUCCGUCCCGAGCCGUGCAUUUUCUACUCCGUCAUUGCUUUUUCCGACGACCGUCUGAUUCUCAUCGGACUGAUCGGAGACGGAGACAGCCUCGGAGUGAAACUGUGGGAAGUGGAUUCCGAUACCUUCAACUGCAAAGAAAUUGGAGAGAUGCCAUUGUGUCUGAUUGAGAAACUAAAGAUGGAAAUUUUUCAAGUUUCGUCGAUUGGGGUUUGUUUGGCGGGAAAUAUAGCGUAUAUAUACAAUCCAUCGGAGGUGGAGGAGAUAGUGAUGUGCGAGCUCGUGGCCGGUGGUUGUAGGUGGCGGAGUGUACGGAAUGUGGUGGCGAGUGAUCGGAAUUGGAUGGAGAGGUUCGUGUUUACGUGCUCGGAUGUAGGUAUUGAUGAUGUGAACAGGGCAUUGAGGUCUGAGAAUCUGAGAUUUGCGAUGAAGACGAGUUGUGGUGGUGAGUCGUGAGUGAGUUGACGCGGCUGAUCUAAAGGACGCCGCGACUCGAGCUUUUUUUAAGGAAUUAGGAUGCACUAAAGAAUUUGAUGGCUGGGGUCUGGGGAAUUUUUUGAUUUUGGUACACUGCUAGUAGGUGAAAAUGUGUGUGAUUUUAACACAUCGUACCUUUGUUUUUUUUGUGUUUUUUUUUACUUAGACACAAUGUACCCGUUAUUUUUAUUUUUUUGUCCUUUAAUUUUUUCUCUUUUACUUGAACA